AUGUUCUUCUCAAGCCUUUUUGCUCCAGCCAACAGUGUUGCCGCACUCACCGUUCUCCUUGGCUUCUCUCAAGUUGCCAAUGCGGCAGUGCAAUGCGACCUUAUCAGCAGCGUUCACUGCGGACGUAACCACCACAAGCAGAACCACAAGUUGCCUACCACUCCUGGUUCAACCUUUUACGUCAAUGGGUUUCAUGGAGGCGUCAUGAACGCCAAGUUUCAGUCGAUCACGCAAUCCGUCCCUGGUAACAAUGACAACGUUGACCUUACUUAUAACUUUAAUCUUGGUGAUUAUAGCGGCACCUACUGGAUCAUUCUCCCAACUUCAUUUGGAGGAGGAGAUGCUUGUUAUGCCGUCUAUAAGAACUGCGACGUCACGAUCAGCUUUUGGGAGAAGUCGCAGCCUCUUCCAACUUAUUAUCAGUUGGCUUGA